AUGGGCAGCCCCCGCUCGGCGCUGAGCUGCCUGCUGUUGCACUUGCUGGUGCUGUGCCUCCAAGCCCAGGAAGGCCCGGGCGGGGGGCCUGCGCUGGGCAGGGAGCUGGCUUCCCUGUUCGGAGCUGGCCGCGAGUCCCAGGGCGUUCCCCAACAGGUAACUGUUCAGUCCUCACCUAAUUUUACACAGCAUGUGAGGGAGCAGAGCCUGGUGACGGAUCAGCUCAGCCGCCGCCUCAUCCGGACCUACCAGCUCUACAGCCGCACCAGCGGGAAGCACGUGCAGGUCCUGGCCAACAAGCGCAUCAACGCCAUGGCGGAGGACGGGGACCCCUUCGCAAAGCUCAUUGUGGAAACAGAUACCUUUGGGAGCCGGGUUCGGGUUCGAGGAGCUGAGACGGGUCUCUACAUCUGCAUGAACAAGAAGGGGAAGCUGAUUGCCAAGAGCAACGGCAAAGGCAAGGAUUGUGUCUUCACGGAGAUCGUGCUGGAGAACAACUACACGGCCCUGCAGAACGCCAAGUAUGAGGGCUGGUACAUGGCCUUCACCCGCAAGGGCCGGCCCCGCAGGGGCUCCAAGACGCGGCAGCACCAGCGCGAGGUCCACUUCAUGAAGCGGCUGCCCCGCGGCCACCACACCACCGAGCAGAGCCUGCGCUUCGAGUUCCUCAACUACCCGCCCUUCACGCGCAGCCUGCGCGGCAGCCAGAGGACUUGGGCCCCCGAGCCCCGAUAG